GACAGAGAAAAUUAAUUACAAUAUAUAAAUACCUUGGGUUAGUUGCAAUUAGAUUUAAUUGGAUUGUUAAUCAACCAGCUCAACAUCUCAAUCAUCAAAAUGAAAUUUUCAGCAACUUUAAUCACCAUCGUUGCCUGUGCAACUUUGGCAAGUUCAGCUUCUAAUGAUUUCCAACAACGAGUUAACGGUUUAAUCUCAUCUCUUAGCUCCAAACUUGACCAAGCCUCAGAAGGUGGACAAGCAAGUAAAUUAAUUAAGAAUGCUCUUAAAUUGGUCAACACUGCUUCCUUUGUUGGUCCAGCAUCUGAAGCCGCUCAAUCCGCUCUUACCCACGCCGAGAAAAUUGUCCCACAAGUAGAGAAAUUACUUUCCAAUGGACCAGCCUCACGAAACAGCGCUGUCACCAUGAUCGCUGGCUUAGUCGGUCAACGAAGUGGUCUUCUCGGUGAAGUUUUAGCCAAGUUUGCCAAGAACAUGGAAGCUUCAGGUAACCAACCUUUGGCCGCCAUCUUUAAAACCGCUGCUGAAACUUUCCAACAACAAGUCUUGACCAAUGAUAAUGCCCGAAAUAUGGCUAACAAGGUUGCCGAUGGUAUCGAUAUGGUUGAAGAUGCAAUUAACCUCCUCAACAACAUGUCCGGUGGUAUGAUUCCUCAAUUGAACACCAUCGCUGGUGCCAUCAACACCUUAGACGAUGCUUCUGACACCCUUCUCAGCCGAGAAAAGGAUGAUGAUUCCAAAAAUUUGAUCGUCUCAAAGGUUCUUGGUGUUCUUUACAAGAUGAAGGAUUCAAACAACCAAUUUGCUUUCGACGCAAUCAACAAGGUUUGCGACAAACUCCACAGUUCCCAAGCUAAAAACUCAGCUUAAACCUUUGUUGAUCCAAACCUACAAUUUAGGCGAGAAAAGAACAAUAAAAAAAAGUAAUUAAUCGCUUAAUCAUUAGUAAAACAAUAAAGGAAAUGAUUUAUUGACAUUAA